ACAGGUAGGAGAUGUCCACUCUGGUGGUUGUGCACAUUGCCUAUCUGAUCAUGUCUACAGCUGCCAUUUGCAGUGAAGACCAACACUGCCGAGACUGUGACAGCGACACUGGCAGUUGUCUGACCGAGUGUGACAGUGGUUAUUUCGACCUGAAAUGUAAGACUCCUUGUAACAGCAACUGUAAAAAUAAGAAAUGUAAAUCCUUGAGCGGUGGCACAGAAGUAUGCACAGAAGGUUGUAUCCUAGGUUAUCAGGGCGAGAGGUGCACCAUACCAUGUGACAGUCCAGCAGGUAACUGUACAGCUUGUGUUGGCGGUUGUGAUGGAGGAUACUGCCAGCUUAGUUCAACCUGUGUAUCAGGAUGCAGUGGUUCCUACUAUGGAUCUGACUGUAAACGAUGUUCAAGAAGAUGUAAGACGUGCAAUGGUUAUACAGGGAUGUGUGAGGAGUGUUUUCCACAAUAUUUUGGGACGAUUUGCGAGUAUUUAUGUGAACACUGUAGGGACACGUGUCAAUUCGGAUGUCUGCAUGGCUGUAUACGUGGCUUUUAUGGUGCUGCCUGUGAGAAGGAAUGCAGUACAAACUGUGGAUAUAGUCCAGUGAUGCUGGACAAUAGCACUGCAGACACACGACCUGUACUUAAUGACACAGUGGAAUGCAAUCAGUACAGUGGUGAUUGUCGUCAUGGAUGUGUAGAUGGCUGGUUUGGGCCACAGUGCUCCUCAUGUUGUAAUAUUAACUGUAGGAAUGGGAGAUGCAACGAUGCAGGCGACUGUGUAGAUGGGUGUGUAGAUGGCUGGUUUGGGCCACACUGCUCCUCACAGUGUAAUGUUAACUGUAGGAAUGGGAGAUGCAAAGAUACAGGCGACUGUGUAGAUGGGUGUGCAUCUCAUCAUUUUGGAAGAAACUGUAUACCAUGCCCUGACAACUGUAUCAACCACACAUGUCAUACAAGCCAUGGAACUUGUGUUCAUGGAUGUACUAGUGGAUUCUAUGGACAAUCGUGUAACAACACGUGUGAAUUCUGCCUUGAUGGAGAGUGUGACCAGAUGACAGGAAUGUGUUUCAAAGGCUGCAACACUACCGGACACAAAUGCACACCUAUCUGCAGGAACAACUGCACUGUGGACGACUGCCAAUCAUGUCAGGAUGAGAAUGGGAUGAACACGGCAUUCGGACUGUGGACUGGGCUUACAGCUGUGGUCAUUGUGAUUGUGAUGCUAGCAUGCCUGUGUUCCAUCAAACGUUGGAGAACUAAAAGAGCUCAACAAUCGGCAACUGUUCAACCCAAUGACGAAGGCGUUCAGGGUGAUAUAUAUUAUGUAGAAUACCAGGCUAUCAACAAUUAUUGGCAGAUCAGAGAUGAAGAUAUAGGCACAUCCUGUGUGCCACCAGCUAUGAAGCAAGAGGAACGUGGGCAAAUACUCUCCAUGCCAGUGUUGGCAGAAUGUUUUUCUACAACAGGUGGUGGAACAUACAGUGAUGCUUCCGAGAGUUCUGUUGGAGACACACAGUCCUACACUCAUAUAUCACAGGAUGUUGCAGGCAGUGGUGCAACCCAGAGUUCUGUUGGAGACACACAGUCAUACACUCAUAUAUCACAGGAUGUUGCAGGCAGUGGUGCAACCCAGAGUUCUGCUGGAGACACACAGUCCUACACUCAUAUAUCACAGGAUGUUACAGGCAGUGGUGUAAUCCAGCGUUCUGCCGGAGAGAACCAGCCCUCCACUCAUAUAUCACAGGAUGUUUCAGACGGCGAAUCAUCCCAGAGUUCUGCUGGAGACACACAGUCCUACACUCAUAUAUCACAGGAUGUUGCAGACAGUGGUGCAACCCAGCGUUCUGCCGGAGAUAACCAGCCCUCCACUCAUAUAUCACAGGAUGUUGCAGGCAGUGGUGCAACCCAGCGUUCUGCCGGAGAUAUCCAGCCCUCCACUUAUAUAUCACAGGAUGUUGCAGACAGUGGUGCAACCCAGCGUUCUGCCGGAGAUAACCAGUCCUCCACUCAUAUGCCACAGAAUGUUUCAGACGGCGAAUCAUCCCAGAGUUCUGCCGGAGAUGUCCGUUCCUACACGCAUAUGUCACGGGCCAUGGCAGAUUCUGAUUCGUCCCACAGUUCUGCAAGUGAUGCUCAGGCCUACACCCGACUCUUGCGUGAUGUUUUUGUUAAUGAUCCCAAGACAGUUGUGAGCUAUAUAUCACCCGUUCAUAAAUAAAUACAUUUGUAUUUUGUAACUUUAAGUCUGUUAUGUACUUUGUCUGUAAUUCAAAUCUGAUAUUCAGCUCACUUCACCUCCCUAUUUUGAUCAUACACCUCGUAGCAUCACUAUUGUGAUAUAGUGAUUCAUAAACACUUGCUCAUGACGAAGUCGUUUGAUAUCAUCAACUGGAUUUUCGGCAGAUAUUUAUCAGGACGAUUGAAAGGGUUUAUUCGUUUUUAUUAAACUGUUUGGAGAGUCAAACAGUUUUUCCCGGAAGUGUACAAUUUGAUAACCACCCUUAAAGCUACAAAGUGACGUUUUCUGGUAUAUGUGCAACAAAGCAAGUGUAUUUGGGCGUUUAGGUUUCACCAAAAAGAAGCCUUGCAUAUGCUUUUCGAUUUCUCGACUUUCUACAUAGUACACAAAGUAUCUCCCUAUAAUAUGACUUCACCAUUGCCUGGUUUAAUAUUAUGGCCAAUUACACCUUAUACAUAAUCUAACCUUCACUGUAUAUGUUAUGCUGUGUAUUAUGCUAUGCUUUAAAACUGUAUACAAUUAUCUAAUUUUAUGUAUUACUACAUGAAUUCUCCCAUGUUUGCCCCAAAUAUGACUCUAUAUAUUGCCUUAUAAAUUCCUUUAUAUAUUACUCUGGGAAUUACCCAACAAAUGUACUGUAUUUUAACACUCACCCUGUAUAUUUUGAUAUCAACUCACUCUACAUUUUGUGUUAUACAUUACUCAGAUAUGUACCAUCUAAUUAAUGUGUGUAUCGAUUCCUUUUGAAGUUAUGUCUUCUUGUAAAUAAAAUGUACAUAUGUGAAAUUGUAAUGGCUGAUUCAAGAUUGCUCGAUUACCCGAUCAAGACUCCAUUGUUCACAGGUCGCACGGUAGGGGUACUGCUGUGCACCUUCAAGCAACAAACAGGGACUUCAGUUUUA